GAGGUGUAGUUAUAUGCAAGACACGAAGAGAAUACGUCUACAGUCAAGUGCCGGAGUAUGGAAUUGCAUAUUUUCAGUUUUGUGAGUUUAGGUUUCGCUUUUGUUUCUCUUUUAAGUUUCAUUUCUGUACGAGGCAGAGCCCAUGGAAAGAUGGCUGCUACUAGUAGUAAUUUGAAGGAAGAAUUAAAUUGCUCAAUUUGCCUAGAUGUCUACAAGGAUCCUGUCAUUCUGGACUGCGGGCACAACUUCUGCCGAGAGUGCAUUGAAAAGGCUUGGGAAACCUCAGAUUCAGACGGUACCUAUAACUGUCCUGAGUGUCGAGCGCAAUUCUCACAGAAACAUGAAUUAAAGCAAAACUUGAAACUGCGCAAUGUAGUGGAGAGCUUCCUAGAGCAGUGUAAACCUACAGUGGAAGGAAUGGAGAUUUUUUGCGACUCCUGUCUGGAAGACCCUCUGCCAGCGGUGAAAACCUGCAUUGUGUGUGAGGCAUCACUGUGCGAACAGCACCUGAAGAAACACAAUGAAAGACCAGCCCAAAGGAACCAUUCUCUGGUCGAUCCUACCAGUUCGUUGAAAGAAAGGAAGUGCCCGGCACAUGAUAAAAUGAUCGAAUAUUACUGCUCCGACGAUGGUGCUUUAAUAUGCGUUACCUGUUAUGUUGCAGGGUUACAUAAAACCCAUAACAUCAAGACUUUGAAAGAUGCCUACCAUGAGAAACAGAAAUCACUGUCUACUGUAAUAGAGAAACUACUCCGCAGAGAUACUGAAUUGUCAAAAGAUUUAGAAUAUUUGAAAAUGGAUGAAGAAAAAUUAAAGAAAAAUAACAGCAGCUUGGAAAUGCAGUUGUCAGAUCUUUUUGGAAAAAUAUUGUCACAUAUAAAGCAGACAGAGGAAGAGCUUUGUGAAUUCAUAAGUUCAGAUGUUAAGGCUUUGCACUUACAGCUUCAGGAUGAGAUACAGGGCACAGAAGAAAAAAAGACAGCAUCAGAGCAACAUUUAAAGGCUACCCAGCAACUACUUGAACAAAGUGAUGCCUUCCUUUUUUUCAAGGACUUAAAAGUGUCUGAAGAGUGGUGA